AUGGCCGACCAAGCGCGCACGACGACAACCAGCAGCUCCAGUACCAGUACGAGCGGCAACUGGCGGCGCAAGGCACCGGCUGGAGAGCGCAAGGACAGCGACGUCGAGCACCAGAAGAAGAAGCCGCGGCGCGGGGGCCGUCGCAACAAUAACAAGCAGCACGUCAAGACGGAGCAGGUGUACCAAGCGAAGGACGCCGCGGCCGUGUCGAAGCCCCACGUGGGCGCACCGGCGAGUGGGUUUGCAGCUGCAGAGGUCGACGACGCGACCGUUGAGCCUGCGAAGGCCACGAAUUUGGACUACCUGUCGGACGUUCUGUUUGCGUCGCUGGACAUUUCGGCGCCGACGAAGCGCGCGAUCGUUGAGGACCUCAAGUACGAGCGGCUGACGAACGUGCAGAACGAGACGUUUGCGCACAUUCUCGAGGGCAAAGAUGUGCUGGCCAAGGCCAAGACGGGCAAUGGCAAGACGAUUGCGUUCCUCUUGCCGGUGAUUGAGAACAUGGUCAAGCGCGGACGGCAGUCGCCGAGUGCCAUUCCAGCACUGGCCGUGUCGCCCACGCGGGAGCUGGCGCUGCAGAUUGCGACUGAGGCCAAUCGGCUCACGAAGUUUCACGCCUUUCAUGUCGCGUGUUUCGUUGGGGGCACCGUGGUCAAGAAGGACCAGCGCACGCUGACGGGCAGCACGCCAAUCGAUCUCCUGAUUGCAACACCAGGUCGACUCGUCGAUCAUUUGAAGCAGAACACGGGCAAACUUGCGGACCGAUUGGGGCAGACGAGCGUUCUGAUUCUGGACGAAGCAGAUCGAUUGCUGGACAUGGGCUUCCGCCCGGACGUCAUGCGGAUCAUUGGAUACCUGCCAAAGAAGCGCCAGACGCUGCUGUUCAGCGCGACGCUGCCGGCCUCGACCGAAGAGCUGAAGCAAGUGGCGUUGCGACCGGACUACGUGUUUGUCGACACAAUCGACGAGAACGAGGCGGACACGAAUGUGCAGACCGAGCAGGAAUACAUUGUGUGCUCGAUGGAGAAUGUGAUCCCCAUGGUGGAGCGCGUCUUGAUCGAGCACAUGAAGCUACCUGCGUACAAGGUGAUGCUAUUCCUGCCCACUGCUCGUUCGGCGCAGUUCAUGGCGCAACUGUUCCAGACUGCAGGCUUUCCAGGGGUCUUGGAGAUGCACUCACGGAAGAACCAGGGAGCGCGCACGAAGACGGCUGCGGAAUUCCGUAAGGGUCGCAAGGUGAUGAUGUUUUCAUCCGACGUGUCGGCGCGUGGCGUGGACUAUCCGGACGUGUCGCUCGUGCUCCAAGUGGGUCUCACCGAUCGCGAUCAGUACAUCCACCGUCUCGGACGUACGGCACGUGCUGGUAUGAAAGGCAAAGGCGUUCUCGUUCUGGCGGAGUUCGAGGCGCCUAUGCUCAACAAGUUGUCUGACCUGCCUCUCACGUUGAGCAACGAUCACACUGCUGAGAUGCUGAAGCCGUCGCAGUCGCGCGCGCUCGCAGUCACGCAAGAGCUGAGGAAGUACGACGCUCUGGAAAAGUCGGCGCAGCAGUCGUACCAAGCGUGGCUCGGUUUUUACAACUCGCACGCAAAGCGUUUGCGACUGAAGCCAGUCGAGCUCGUCCAGCUUGCUGCCGAGUACAGCCGCAUCAUCGGUCUGGACGAGGUGCCCAAGCUCGAGAAGCGAACACUGAAGAAGAUGAACCUUCUGGGCGUGCCUGGCAUCGAGCCGUCUCCGUUCGUUCGCGACGCUGGCGGGAACCGUGGUGGUGGUCAUGGCCGCAGAUAA